GUAACGUUCAUGCUGAGUGCUGUUCAUUGUUGACUGUAUGUAAAACGUAAAGCUCCAACCGGGAUCGACACUCCUCGUAGUCUCGCGAUGCCACCUAGUGGUGACAACAUGACAAAGCACGUGCAGUUGCUAAGGGAUACUGGCAACAGACAGAUUCAACAGCAAGUGGGAAGGGAAACUCCUCAAAGCGGCGCUUGAUAGUAUUUCAGUGGAAGCAUUUAUCUCUUUGAAUUAGUGUUUUGUUACUUUGUAGAGGAUUAGUCAAGCAGCAGGAAAAUGUCGGAUGUUCUUAACACAGCCUUAUCUGCAGCCUUAUCUGAGAUAAGCUGGGAUAAGCGCUUCGCUAUUCCCGAACUCAACGCUGAAAACAAGGCUCUGCUAGACGAGAUUCAUAAGAAACAGGCAGAGUUGGUGCAAGUGGAAAACAGACUCGAGAAAAACAAAGAGCAAAAGCAGUUAAUGACUGAAUUCAUCAAAACUGGUAAACAGCAGGUGGAAAAUUUAGAGGCUUUGUGUAAGGCCAAGGAAAGAGAAAUAGAGAUGGAGAGACACCUUACAGCCCUCGCAGAGAGAGAGAGCGGUCGCCUGGCACAAGAGACUGCUAAGAUGGAGAAUGAGCAGCGAUCUUUGGCUGAGAGGGCAACCGUGCUAGAGAACCAAAUCUUCAAGGCCAAACAGAAGCUAGAGGAGUUUAGGAGCCAGAUGAACUGGGACCAGCAGACCAUGGAUGCCUUUUUGGAGGAGUCGGCACGCAGAGAUGAGGAUGCUAUGGCCAUUAUCAAGUACGCUCAGCAAGAUGAGCAGAGGAUCAAGUCUCUCACUCUGGGUAUAGAGAAGAAGACACUGGACGCCAAUGAAAAGCGCAAAGUACUUGACAGAGAAAAGGCUGAGACUACAUCUGCACAGAUUGCUUUGGAUAAGACUACCGAGAAUUUGCAGCAGGCUCAUCUGGAGACACAGCAGCUCAUCCACCAGUGGGAAAACACCAUAAAGCAGAUGAAGCAGCGAGAUUCUGAGAUGCAGCAGUGUGCCCUGCAACUUGCCCAAGCCAACCAGUACAUCAGGGACAGAAAUGCCACCAUCACACAGAUGAAGCAUUUGCUGGAUACACAGAGGAACAACAACCAGGAAAUAGAGAGAAAGACAACCAUAGCCAACCGACAGGCUCUAAAACUCCGGCAAGACUUGAAGGAGCAGGAGAAUAACUGCAGGAGGCUACAGGAUGAGCUUGACACUUGCAAAGGUACACUGGACAAAACAACCUCUGAUGUGGCGUCUGCUACAUCUAACAUAUCCAGAAUGAAAAAAGACAUCCAGGAUUCAAAUAGGAAACUCAUGGAAGCCAGGGCCUACAAUUCUGCACUGGAAGAGAAGCUGAAACUUGUGAGUCAGACUGCUCCUAGUGAGGCUGAGAGAGUUACCCAGUUGGACCAGUAUCUCAAGGAUGAGGAGCAGGCGAUCAAGGAAUUGGAUGUGCAGCUGCGCGACUGUAGGGAGGAGCUGUUUCGUAGUAAAGAGCAUUUACAGGGCCUGAAAACAAAGGAGAAGGAUGCUGUUGCCCAGAUUUCAAGGAGCAAAUCCACUAUCACCAAUUUGGAAAGCCAGCUCAGAAAGCUCGACAACGACUUAAUGAAACAGCAGAUGACUAUUACAGAACAGGACUCUAAGAUCAUCGGCCUGAGUAAAAAACUGGCACGGCUGCAAGGUGACCUUCCCCAAGAUGAAAAACAGAUGCUAGACAUGAAAAUCACUGAUUUGACCAAAGCGGUGGAAGAGAAGAAGAAGACAGCUAAUAUGCUUACUAGCACACUGAAAGAGUCAGAGGACGAUAUUUACAUUUUGAGGAAAAAAAUGGACAAGUCAGAGGCUCAAAAGAGAGAUCUGACCACGAAGACAGAGGAGCUCAUAUUAGACUGUAAUGCCAGUGAAAAUGAGCUGAAGAGACUCCAACUCAGGAAACAGGGCAACAUGGUAGAGUAUAACAUUAUGAAGAUGGAGGUCAAGCGUAUUAGAGAUCUGCUGUACAACAAAGCAGACACUGUACUGUCUUUGGAGAAGAGGAAGUUGAUGCUGCAGAAAAUCAUAAAGGACAGGGAGGAGGAGAUCAAGGCCGCCCGAGAAGUGCUCAGCAAGCAGCUCAAGAUCAGUGAUAAGGAGAGGCGGAAACUCGGUAUCGAACUGAAUGAAAAACUGUCCAAGAUCAACAUGCUGAAGAAACGCUUUGAGAUCUUAACAUUUUCAAUGGCGGCUCCUGAGGGUGAAGAGGAGAAAGCACUGGCUUAUUAUAUCACAAAGGCUGCGCAAGAGAAAGAGGAGCUCAGGCAGAAGAGAGACAGUCUGGCUGCUAAAAUCCGCCAAACAGAGCUGGAAAACCGAGCUCUGGACAACACCAACCAGCUGUUCAACUACAGCAACUCUGAAUUUCGCAAAGCCCUCAACAAAGUAAAAGAAUCCAGUCCAGAGUACCAGGAAAAACUGAAGCUAGAAGAGCAAUUGAAGGCAAAUGAAGCAACGCUAAAAAGCAAGAGAAAGCAGGUGGAAGAACUCCAGCUGGACAUACAGGACAUGAACAAUAAUUGGGAGCAUCUGUUGCAAGAAGAGCAGGUGGAGAGAGAUAAGAUCCAUCACAAACAAUCGCUCCUCAGUAAACUGCGCAAAGAAAUCACUUCCCAGCAAGAGAAAAUUGACAGAGCAACAAAACAGCGCUCUAAACUGAUCAAAGCGAUCCGCUCAGCACGAAGCACCAAGACUGAGACUUUUGAGGAAAAGGACAUUAAGCUCAGGGAGUUAAAAGAAUUCAACAGGAGCUUUGAUAAGAUGUUGAAUGAGGCCAUGGAGGGCAACCCUGACCUCAGAACAGUGCUCGAGAAAUUUUUCCUGGAGGCCGGUCUGUCUCUUCCGUCUCCUCCUUCCACUGCUACCAGCCACCGGAGCUCCAAGACAAACUCUGCCCGUAGCUCUGCCUCUGUCAGGAAGCCUUGGUCGUCAGCCAGCAGCAGCUCUGGGGCCUCUACACCUCGCUCCCCCGUAGUGAAGACUGUGGUACUGGGCUUGGAUGAGACUCCUCCCACCACCUCCGGCCGGUCCACGCCUGCGAGCAGCAGCAGCAAAAAGCUGAAGAGGCCCUAGUUGCACUGAAUAACUGUGUUGCAUUAUCUGAUGGAUACAGUUCUAAAAUGUGUUCAUAUUUAAAGUUGUGUAAGGAUGCUAGAAUAGUUUGUGUGUGGUGUCACACUAUAUUCUGUUUUAAAAAAUUUAUUCUUCUUAAAUCUGUUGCCUGCAGGCCUGUUCACUUAAGUCAAUUAAAAAAGGAGAUUACCUUCCUAAUAACUCCCAGAUUUUUUUCUUACUUGGUUUCCUGCUUGAGUCCAUCCAGCUGAGUGCCUCUGGAUGUAUUGUUGUGUAUUUGCCACACCCUCUGGGUAUGAGUGUCAGUUCCUUGUACAGAACAAAAGCAGCCUGAGGCUCUGUGGGAGCAGAAGGAACACUUUCCCAUGACACAUUUCAUUCUUUAAAAAUCACCAUGCUGCUGCUGGUCCUGUUCGCUGGAUGCUUGGCCUCAUGUGCUGCACAGACAACCACGUCAGUCAGAAAAACUCCCUUUAUCCAGACAGACCUUCCCACACCUGAUUCAUUAAGCAACACUGUGCUACUCCUUCAUGCAACUGUUCAGUCCAGUGCUGAGUUAAACAACAUGACACUCGGUCCAAUCUUACUCAAGCUCCAUGGCAUGAUCCAGCAAAUCCAACCACAUAUGAAAUUCUCUUUCACUAUAAAGAAAUUCACCAGAGUCUGAAGAUGUCUUAGGUUAGUUUGUGUUUGAUUACAUAGAGUAGGACAUAAAGAAAAAUAAUAUGUUAUAUAUAUUGCCACAUUCUACUGAAUGUGGAUGAAGAGAAUCCUCAGUAUGCGUGUGUGGGUCUAGUUUUUCUUUUGGAGACGCCCCUGAAAAUGUUUUCUCCUAUUCAUUAAAGAAAUCUGUGGGUGUGAAUGGAAGAUCAGUGUCACCUCUGAGAACAGAAUAUGGAUGUUGGAGAAUUUAAAUUGAGCAUUGCUUCAUUUGGUCCACAAUUUCUAUUAUUAACUUUUAUUUCUGAGACCCAUUCACUGUGAUAAUGAUUAUUUAAAGAACACAAAACUGAUAAAUAAGAUGGAGCUGUUGCAAAUUGGACGCAUUUUACUGGAUUUCAAAGCUGAUAAACAAUUCGAUAUGCUUACAGUUUAAAUAUGAAGCUGUGUGACUGAGCUGUGAAAUAAACAUUCCUGUACACGCAUGAUCGAAUUGUAUAAAUAUAGACAUUUGUUGGCUGAACAAUUCGGACAUGCUGGAAACAUUUCAGAGGUGUUCAACCCAGUUAAUGAACUAGUUGAAAAAACAUGUAAUACAGUAUAGCCUUGUAGUGUUUUUGUAUGAAGUCAGCUAUG